UUUAUUUUCAUUUUAAUUUUUUUUCAUCGUAAAACUCCCGAAUGCUACCCCCACUACAUUCGACGACUUUUUUAUUUUAUUUCUAGUGCCUCUCGUUUCGCAGUCUCGCCGUCUCCGACUCACUAGUCGCUUCUCUUCUCGGUAGUUUUUGAAGGAAAGAUGGCUAGUGGUAGCCUGAAAAGCCUUGUAACUUCAGCAGUCACUGUUGGUGUGACCGAAGCUAGAGCAAGGAUUUUCGGACAUAUGCUUAACCCAACAGGGCAGAGGUCUUCUCAUAAGAUCUUAAGGAAGAAGCUUUUUGGUGAUAAGGUUGCAGAGUGGUAUCCAUACGACAUUAAGAACGAGGAUUCCAAUGUCUUGGCUAGGGGAGAAAAAGAGCGCUUAUCGAAGCUUGAGAUGUUGAAGCGUCGUGAUAAAGGACCACCAAAGAAGGGUCAUGGAAGACGUGCGGCGAAGCGUAACAAGUAGAACAAGUAGGGAUUGUAGCUUCCUAAAAAAAAAGCUCAGCACUUUCAGUAUCAGAUUCUGUUGGUUAAUAAUUGCCAACUAAAACUUUCUUCAUUAGUGAAGUCUUCUCAACAUAAAAUUUUCAUGCUUAAACUAUGCGUUAGUUUACAAUGAUCUCACAAAGCUACUUGCUUCCCUUUUGACUUGAUAUGGCUUUUGUUUCUCUA